GUGAACGAGUUGCUUGGAUGGUCGCUCGGAUAGGCGGAUAGAAAACGAUCGGUCGACAUAAAAAAGCCGUUGCGCCGUGGCGUGUCUCGUGAGUCUCAGGAAUCCUCCGAAAACGAAACCGUUCGACGCUGGAACGGACGUGUCCGUUGACCGAGGAAAUUUCGCGAGUCGCGGGACCGGACGCGAGAAAGAUGCGGAUGCGCGAACGGAAAGUGUCGUUGGACGAGACGAGUUCGAGUUAACGCGAUCGGUGUUGCGGGGAAACGAGGAGACGGAAAGAAAGAACGAACGAUCGAUAAACGAGCGUGACUCGAUGGGAAAGAAACGGGUGCUCCACGAUCGGCGCUCAUCUCCGAAGGCAUUCGAAAGAAAGAAUCAGUGAAAGUUUGCAGAAAAACCAAGAGAGAGAGAGAGAGUGUGUGCGCGAGUGUGUGAGUGCGUGCGUGCGUGUGUGGGAGAGAGCGAGUGAGCGAGAAAGAAGAAGAGAGAGAGAGAGGAAAGGGAAUAGGGAGGAGAACUUGGCGAGUAGGAAAUCGGCGAUCGAAAGGAUUUCGCAACGAUGCGACUCGUUGACCAGCUUCUGCUUCUUUCCCUUCUCUCGGUGGGUAAUCGGGUCGAGGCUAUUUUACCCAAGGUCGCAAACCCCUUGUCUUCCGUUUGGUGGAGCUUUUACUCUCGAUCAACGCCUGCCACUGCCACCGCCUAUUCGAGUUCCUCCUUCCCUUCUACUAGUACCACCUCCGCUACUACUGCCACCUCCACCACCGCGUCGUCGUCCUCCUCCUCUUCUUCGUUGCAGUUCGAGGAAGAGAACUGCGUCGGGUGUACGCAAAACAAAAUUAGCCUACUGGCGAACGAUCCGAUUUUAACGGAGCUGAGGGUCGAAUACGUGAAGCAGCAGAUUCUCAAGAAGUUACGGCUCUCGAAGCCGCCCGAGAUAUCGAUCUCGCUCUCGACCUUACCGAAGCCUCUGAUAAAUGGUCGCGUGCUCGAACUUCGUCCUGGUACACCGCUCGAACCGGAGAAAGCUGUCGACAGUUUCUAUGGGAAAACCGAUCAGAUAGUCGUUUUCCCGAACGAAGGUAUUGCCGAUUCGAAAAAAUGCCGACAGAAAUCGAACCACUUAACGGGCUUCAAUCCUGCCGCUUGUUUCACCUUUUAUUUGCCGAACGAGAUGCAGUUCGUGGACGUCACCUCGGCGCAGCUAUGGUUUUACAAAGAACGCGACGAGAACGACGAUCUGAAUCAAACGUUCGUGCUUUCCGAACUCGAUCACUGGGAUCUGAACAGGAGCUUCGAGAAGAACACGAUCGUAGCGAUCUUCGGAACGGACAUCGGAGAGGGAUGGGUUAAGACGGACGUGAGUUUCACCUUGAAGAGAUGGGUGGACGAGCUUCGAUUGAACCAGGCGAUACAGAUAGCGUGCAGCACCUGCUCGAUCGAUCGAGACACAGCGCCCGUCUCCAUCGAGCAAACCCUGAAACCGUUUCUCGUGAUACACGCGUCGCCGCUACCGCAAAAGAACAGACCGAAGAGGAACUCGAAUUGCCAACCGGAAACGAAGGAAUGCUGCAGAGACGAGCUGUACAUAAAUUUCGAAGAUAUCGGUUGGAACGACUGGAUUCUUCAUCCGACCGGAUAUCACGCGUACUUUUGUCGAGGCUCCUGUUCGAACGCGGCGUCCUUGACUGUCAGCGGAUCGCCCUACAGCAACGUGAUCAGAAAAUUGCUGGCUAGGACCGGCAAUACGGCGCACCGUAAGGGCGAAAUCGUUCCGUGUUGUUCGCCCACCCAAUUGUCUCCGAUUCAGCUGCUCUACGUCGAUUCGAACAAUACGAUUACGCAAAAGACACUGCCGAACAUGGUCGUGGAGGCCUGUGGUUGCAUGUGAUUUACACGGAAACCAGCUUCUUUCAACGUCGACGGAACGAACGAGCGAACGAACGAACGAAUCAACGCGAUCGUGCAGAUCAAAUAGCGCGAUCCGCGUUAUUCUUUCACGAAAUUUUUCGUUUAAUUAAGUCACUCGUUGUCGUCUAAACCCUAAAUUCUAUAUCUAAAGAUAAUUCGAAACGGAUCCGGUGUGUCUUCGUGUACACGCGUUACGGUACAGAAACAGUAUUUAUAUUCGAUCUAUAGCUAUCGUCGAACGUUGCUUUCGACCUGGCAAGCGUUCUACUAACUGUUUCACAGAUCCCUAAUCUAGCGUAAUCGUGUUCCUCGAUCAAAUUUAUUUAUUAUUUCAAUGGACAAUAGCGUGUUCGACGGUCGCAUCUUCGAAUGGUCGAACCAUCGCCUCGAGACGAUCGGACCGACUACGUAUACGCUUUACCGAUCGAAUCGAUCGUCCGACCAAAUUUUCCACGAGAAACUGUCGAGUCUUUUGUUAUCGUUGUUCGUUCGCGUUACGUAUCGCGUUAUCGAAUUAUCGCGACCCAUUGUUUCGGUAUCUGAACGAUUGAUCAGAAUACCGUAUGCAACGUCGACGAGCCGCUCCGGUUCCGCUUUUUAUCCGAAUUCGAUCUUAUCGAUACGAUUUGACGCGCGUUCGCGGUUAUCUCGAACCACGGGCCCAACUUCUUACGAUCAUUCGGUUCUCGCUAAGGUUUUUCUAUCAUCACGGACGAGCAAGUGAAGAGGAAUUAAGAAGGAAUCGCGUCGUCCGUGACGAUCAACGCGACGCCAGUGGAAAGCGAAUCGAUGUAAAUGGUGCGAAAACCGACAUAACUAGCAAAACUAAUAGUCGACGAGAGUUUUCGCGAUCCUAACAAUCGUAGCUGUCGUGCGCGGAGUAACGUAACUAAACUGGACCGUAAGCGUUCGAUUAGCAAACUUUUCUGGAACAGUUAUCGCGCAAUUUGUAGCUGCUGAAAUAAACGCGACGCAUACGCGCCCGAACAUUAACUGGAAA